CAGUUUGUGGCCUAAUAGCGGUUUUAAAUUGCUCUCCGUUAUGUAUAACGAAAUGAAAGCCCCCCCUCGGGGAUGCGGCGUAAAGUGGCGGUGGCGCCGCGUCGCCAUUUUUAUUUUCUGGUUCAUCCAGAAGCCCAUCCCCCUGGCUGAGGGAAACCGUCCGACUUCCAUUCACUCUGCUCUGGGAAGCGGCGCGGCUGCGCGAGCGGCGGUUGGAACAUGGCCUCGCCAAGGACAAUAACCAUAGUGGCCCUUUCUUUUGCUCUGGGUUUAUUUUUCGUGUUUAUGGGAACUAUCAAGCUCACCCCGAGACUAAGCAAAGAUGCCUACAGUGAAAUGAAAAGGGCAUACAAGAGCUAUGCCAAGGCGCUGCCAGGUCUGAAAAAGAUCGGUAUCAGCUCCGUUCUGCUUCGGAAGAUUAUUGGGUCCCUAGAAGUGGGCUGUGGAGUGGUGCUGACCCUGGUCCCAGGCCGGCCAAAGGAUGUGGCCAACUUCUUACUUCUGCUCGUCAUGCUGGCUGUGCUGUUCUUCCACCAGCUAGUAGGGGACCCCCUGAAGCGAUACGCUCAUGCUCUAGUCUUUGGUAUUCUGCUUACCUGCCGGCUGCUCAUCGCCCGGCAGAGCGAUGAUCGGCCAGAGCGGGAGGACACCCGGGAGGAAUUGCAAAUCAACGACCAGGAAAGGAACAAGGUCAAGCAGUCUUAAGGUCUUCGUCUGUAGAGGAAGAAAUGGAUUGCAGUAAUUGAAAAUUAAAGGGAAUCAUUCACUUCUAGUAAUAACCCUCCACAUACACAUAUCCUCUGUCGUCCAGCUGGCUGACCAAUUAAGUUCACCAAUUCCUCCGCACUUCCACUGUGAAAAUAAGAACUCAUGUUCCUUUUCUCCUCUGCAUAAUUGUGGACAAUCAUGCCUGAUUGAUCUCAACUUAUUGUCACCACAGUCCUGUUUUCUAUUUAUUUGAGUGCUGGAGCUGUAAUAAAUGUUUGUGUUUUUACUUGAGUACAUAUUUUAACUGUUGAUUUAAGAAUGCCGUUUCUCCAUCAGUCUUUGGAUAUAGUUUUUUUCUAAUUUGUUUUUAUACCGUAAGUAGGUAGGAGAGACCUGUUACAAAUCAAUUUGAAGCAUGCUUAAUUUAGUCAGGAGUGCAUAAGCCAAAAAAGAACUGUUGAUAAAAUUUUGUACGACUUACAUGUCAGCUUUUCAAAGCUGUGUCAACACAAAGACGAAUUACACAAAAUAAUGCAAAUGCUCAUUUACUGUUUAUUUCAGUUGAUAUUUCUGGGUGUUCACAUGAUAGCCUGUUUUAAAACAAAAUGAUCUGAAUAUUCUCUGUCUUCUGCCAGGUUUAGGGCAACUCAGAUUGCUUGAGGUGUUUGCUGCUAACUGAUACAGCAGCAACUUAACCAAAACAAUUAUAAUUUUGCCUGUAAGAACUUGUAUUUUAUUCCUUGUAAUUCACUGUUACAGUACAAAACUGGGUGAUUUCUUUUUCCAUCUUUGAGCAUUUUAGGUGCAGUUACAAAUCCUGUCAAUAUUUCUGUAAAUGGAUAACUUUAAAUAAAGAAUUGGAGGUGA